AUGUUGCUAUUACUCUCUCAUAUCUACGCAGCUGCGCAGUCUGCUUUGUUAUUAGCUACAUCUCGAACCAGUUCUCCGGUAACGCCACACACGAGAGAACUUAUCAUUCCCUAUUCCAACGUAUCAUCAAAUCUCCCACCAUUUACAAAUGAUCCCGAAAUUUCAUUCCGGCUCUCAAAUAGGACUUACGGUGUGAUCAUCGAUACCGGAACAACAGGCCUCGUGCUUUCCGCGGCAAUGUUGCCUAAUUGGGACCCAAGCACCGCCAGCGCACAUCCAGUAGGCUGGGAAUUUCUCUCAAGCAGCAAACUCCUUUGGAUUGGGGUCUGGAUCCCGCAGGAAAUCCAUUUCCUCACCACCGAAAAUAUCUCCGUUGUGGCCUCGGUCCCCGUACUAGCGAUUACCAAAAGCUACACAUGUCCCAGGUAUAAUGCUCGAACCGAUGGACCAAAUUGCUUCGACCCGACGGAAUCCGAAGAGAUGCCUGAUGACAUAUUAUUACUAGGCGUGGGAUUUGCGAGGCAAUCAGAUGGCCAGCCGCAAGGGACUCCAGAUAAGAAUCCGCUGCUUAAUAUCAUCCUGGUUGAUGGCGAGAAAAUAGCACCUUCUGACCGGUUAAAUUCGGGGUAUCGAAUCUCGCAGGAGGGUGUGAGUCUCGGCAUUCCACAGCGCGACUUGGACGAAUUCUCGAUUCUCAAUCUACAACCAGGCAAUACCAACGAUUCCCGGGAUUGGGGACCAGUCCCUGCAUGUAUCCGCGUUGGAGACUCACCUUGCGUCGAAGCAGAUGCCUUGAUUGACACUGGGAUCCCUCAGAUGUACAUGACAGUACCAUUUUCUAUGCCUGUGGAACGACACACGGAGCCUAGUUUGAGUAGUGGUGCGAAUGUUAGUGUGCUUGACGAUGGCCAGAUAGUCGAAAUCUUGUUUGGAAGACCAGGAAACUAUGUUGCCAGGUAUAAUUUUACGGUUGGGGACCACGAUGCAAGAGAUACGAGCCUGGCUCCUGUUCAAGCCAUUACGAGAAGAUCGGCUAUCAUAUCGCCGUUUGUUAAUACUGGGAGACAUCUCUUGCGAGGAUAUGAGGUUAUGUUUGAUGCUGUGGAGGGCAGGUAUGGCUUCAAGCCCUGGACUGGAAACUGA